GUCACCGAGUGCGAUCUUUAGCAGGCACACUACAACGCGCUGCCAUGUCAACAAUCGAGUCGACGCCGCUGCUGCAUCCUACCUUCAAUGCCUGGGCCGAAGGACUCGGUGUGAUGCGCAUGGCGCUGCCCUUGAUGGCGACGUUUGUGCUGGAGAGUCUUCCAACGCUGCUGGCACUAGCCAUUGUUGGCCACCUCGACAUGGCAGACGUCCAAGACUACGUUAGCGCCGCUGCCCUCUCGACAAUGCUCACUGCAGUGACGGGGAUUUCGGUCGGGAAUGGUCUCAUCUCGGCCAUGGAUACACUGUGUUCCCAAGCCGUUGGCGCCAAGAAGUCUGAGCUGCUCGGGCUCCACCUGCGCACGGGUGUGCUCGUCGUCGGAGCUGCAUAUGUGUUGAUGGUACUCAUCAAUGUCAACGCUCAAGUUGUCCUCGAGACGCUUGGCCAGGACGCCAGAGUGGCUUCCUUCGCUGGCACCUACUCCCGCAUCACGAUCUUGGGGCUUCCUGGGCUCUAUCUGUAUGAGCUCGUAAAGCGCACGCUGCAGGCACAAAACAUUGCGUCACCAAUGGUGCACAUUGCUCUCCUCAGCAAUGGCAUCUACGUUGCGCUCGCGUAUCUCUUUUGCUACCACUCGCCCUUGGGUUUCUACGGCGCGGCAUUUGCUUGGCUCGUCUCCAACUGGAGCCUCGCUCUUCUCACGCUUCUGUACCUCUGCGUCUCGUCCGCGCACCAAUCCUGGGCACUGGACACCACGAGCUGGCGCCAAGCAAGCAUGCAUGCGCCUGCCUUUUUGCAGCUCGGGGCCGCAGGCAUGGCGAUGAUGCUCAUGGAAUGGUGGGCGUUCGAGCUCAUGGCGCUCCUCGCGGGCAUGCUCGUCCAUCCUGCCGUGGCCAUUAGUGUUCACGCCAUCGUCGCCAACGUCUCGUCAUCGGUCUACAGUAUCUUUCUCGGGGUCUCGGUGGCCACGGGCGUCCGCGUCGGGCAGUUGAUUGGCGCCGACAACGUUGCGCACGCCAAGCACAUGUCGACGCUCGGGCUCGCGCUCACUGCAGCCACCGGCGUGUUCGUCGCUCUUGGACUCGUGGCGGCACGGGCAUACAUCCCAACCUGGAUCGUCAACGACCCGACAACGAUUGCACAAGCGCAGGACACGCUGCUGGUGCUCGCGAUCUUCGAGGUGCUCGAUGGCGUCAACUGCACGGCCAAGGGCAUUCUACGCGCCAUGGGCAAGCAGCAUCUCGGUGUUUACGUCAGCCUCUUUGCCUACUAUGUGGUGGGCGUACCGCUGGCGGCUCUUCUCGGGCUCUACUACGCUGUGGGGGUCGCCGGUCUUUGGGUCGGUCUUGCAGCGGGUGUCUCCUUCUCGGCGCUGACGCUCACGGGCAUCGUUCUGUACCCGGGCAACUGGUCUACGAUAGUCAACCAUGCGACCAAAGCGUCGAUGUCCCUCGCAUAA